GGAUCCAACUUUACAUACUGGAAGUCUUCACGGUCAAAAACUUGAAUUGACAGCGCAGAGAUACCCUCAGUGUUGGCAAGUCAGCAGCCGCAAUAUGACAUUAAGUAUAUUUUAAGGGGAAUGCAUGCCGGACUGUGACUGUUUUCAUCGUUUCCAGGGAAAUGCGAAGGGGGUUUUUGAAGAGUGGAACUUAAAACUUCUCUUGUUUUGAAUAACUUUACCAUGUGCUCAAAGGUCCCGUGAUUUGCAUCCAGAUUUUUGUUUAUCUCAGCGAAUGAUUUUUUUUUUUUACUUAAUUUGCAUGAUCAGAUCUUCUGGCCGGUUUGCGCGCAGUGUAAUAAUUUGUCAGAAAGCGGGGCGUUUAAAGGUAUUCAUAGUUUGCUGGAGUGCGUUGCGAGUGAUUUGCUUAAGUGAGCGCUGAGUGAUUCCCAAAUGUCAGCACUGCCGAGUGCUUCUCUGCACACUUGAUAAACCCGAAAGCUUUAUCUUCAAAAGCACCUGCUUUCAGUGUUUUUUUUUUUUUGGGGGGGGAAGGAAAAAAAUACAGAAAAGCCAGCAAUUCUAGUGAAAUGGACUAAGGAAUGGACUAAAACCUAAUACGAGCAGGCGAUGUUAAGAUGAGCAGCGCUGGCCGGCUGGUGCGGCGGUCGGGAUGGCUCGGGAGGACGCCGUGAAGUGCCUCCGCUGCCUGCUCUACGCUCUCAACUUACUCUUCUGGCUGAUGUCUGUAUGUGUGCUGGGAGUGGCAGCGUGGCUUAGGGAUUACCUGAACAAUGUGCUCACCUUGACAGCGGAUACCAGGCUGGAGGAAGCUGCGAUUCUGACGUACUCUCCAGUGGUCCAUCCGGUCAUCAUUGCCGUUUGCUGCUUUCUGAUCAUCGUGGCCAUGGUGGGAUACUGCGGGACGCUGAAAGACAGCCUGAUCCUCCUGUCCUGGUACUUUGGGAGCCUGCUAGUGAUCUUCUGUGUGGAGCUGGCCAGCGGAGUAUGGACUUAUGAAGAGCCCCCGGUCCAGCGGUCGGACAUGAUCAGCCUGAAGUCCCGGAUGACCAACUAUGGUCUACCGCGCUACCAGUGGCUGACCCAGGCAUGGAACUUCUUCCAGACCGAGUUUAAGUGCUGCGGCGUCAUCUACUUCACGGACUGGCUGGAGAUGACCGAGAUGGAGUGGCCGCCGGACUCGUGCUGUGCCAGGCAGUUCCCGGGCUGUGCCCGCCAAGCCCACCACUGGGACCUCAGCGACCUCCAUCAGGAGGGCUGCGGUCCGAAGGUCUACAGCUUCUCCGCCGGCACGAAGCAGCUGCAAGCUCUCCGCUUCCUGGGCGUGUCCAUCGGCGUCUCCCAGAUCCUGGCUAUGACGCUGACCAUGGCCCUGCUGUGGGCGCUCUAUUAUCACAAACGGGCGCCCGACCCCCCAGAUCAAGGCGUGGCCCACUGGGGAGACCCCACCCUGGCUCCGCCCUCCCAGCCGGAGGAGCCACCCAAGCAGGACCCCCCACGACUCGCGGAGGCCUGGGGCCCGGCACCGGGCAAUGGCCACGCCCACUUUGAGAUGGAGGAAUUCUCUUAAUACUCCCUCUCGCGCCCCGCUGCCAUGGAAUGGGCAGUAAGUUGGAGGCCGGACUGCCCUGCUCGUAUCGUGGGACACCAAAGGACGUCAGAGAUUCUGGCCCGUGGGCCUAGAAGUAGGUGAAGAGUUAAAGACCAUUCCUGCUUCACCCCGCUGCGCUACGGCAGGAGGCGAGGACUGGCUGCAUUCUACAUUUCUCGCAAACAGAAGUCUUAGUUUUAUUCGUUAAAAAUAGAGGACUUUGCUUGUGUGCCUCGGAGGAAUGCGAACGUUCGGAACGGCAGCUGUUGUCAAAAGCAGCUGCUCUGAAUGGGACAAAAAAAAAAAACAAAGAGUUUAAAAAGUCUUAAAUUUAAAAGCACUGUGAAACGCUGUUUGAUAUGGUUAGAUUUUAAUAUCUGAAUAUAACGAGGGUAUCAACCAUUCAAGGUCAUACUGACUACUGUAAGAACACAAGGGGUGGAGAUUCAUAGUGUGAAGGCGGCAAUAGUUAUGCUGUAUUUUCCAUUUUUUCUGAGUUUAUAUUAAAUCCUGUGAGGAUGCAGUAAUUUCAGCCGUGAA